AUGGAGACUCCAUGUAGAUGGAGCUUCCUCGAAACAAGGUUCCGGAGUAGGCAUAAAGAUAGCCUCGCCUACAGGAGAACUACUCGAACAGUCGUUCAGACUCGGCUUUGCCGCCUCGAACAACGAAGCAGAGUACGAAGCCCUCAUCGCUCGACUCAGGCUCGCGAUAGGGAGAGGAGCUCGAGAGCUCCAUGCUUAUAUUGCGGGCUGACGGAACAAUUCGAUCGUUUCGAACUAACCAGGAUCCCUCGAGGGGAAAAUUCCGCAGCCGACGCUCUAGAUGCUCUAGCCUCCACAUCCGACCCACUACUCAAAAGAAUAAUACCCGUCGAGGGAAUAGAUAACCCAAGCAUCGACAUCGCCAUAAAAUCGGCCGAACCCAAAGAAAUCGCCACAAUAACAAACGAUUCAGGCACCAGUGAACAAACGCCCGAAGCUAGCAGAAGCUUGAUCGAACAACUCGGAUCUCCCAUCGAACUUCAAGUCCCCGAAACAGCAGACCCCGAGGGGACUGCUCGGGAAAGACAAUUCGUCACAGACGAACAAUACCACGCUCGACCAGAUUGGAGAAUUCCAAUCUUCGAAUACAUACAGAACAGGACCCAACCCUCUGACAAAUGGGAAGCUCAAAAACUCAGAGCAAAAUGGUCACGAUACUGUAUAAUGACUGACAAAUUAUACAAACGAAGUCUAGUUGAACCAUAUCUAAGAUGCGUCAACGGACUGGAAGCCUUGGCAAUUCUAGCCAAUACUCACGACAGAAUAUGCGGAUCCCACUCCGGUGGACAAGCUCUGGCUAAUAGAGUCAAAUGCCACAGAUAA